AUGCAAAGUAACUAUACUCCUAACCCUGCUGAGAAUGCUGGUAAUAAUUCAUGCCAGCGAAAGAGUAAAAGAGUACCCAGAAGAGGACCUGGAAUAGCUGCACUUGAAAUGAUGAAAAGAGUGGGAAAAAGGGUUAAGAAAGAGUCAAAACUAAGGGAUCGAAAUCAACCCUCUUCACCAUGGCAAAAUUCUCUUCUUCCCCCAUCAAACUCUCAAGUUCUUCAAAGUCUUCAAUCAUCCAUAAAAGACCAUCAAGGUGUUUGUAGCUCCAAUUUCACCAGGGAGUACUACAGGUACAAUCCUUUAAACAUUACCAAGAAAACUUGGCCUUCUCCAGUUUUAGUUUCUUGUUGCAUUAACAAAUUCUGUCUUUCUCAAUGCCAAAUGGAGUCCAAUAGAACUGUGGAGCUCGGCGACACAAGGUACAAUUCUGACAUUGCCAUGCAUGGUCAUGCAAACUUGGCACCAUCUAGUAGGCCUUUGCUUCCUGAUGAUCUUUUCUUGAAUGAAAGGGAUUCAUGGCAACAUUCAGGAUCAAGUCCUAUACCUUUCUAUAAUUUCUUAGAAGUGAAGGAGUUGGAGGUAGUGACAGACGCCACAAAGUCUGGGAGAAGUGAAGCAGACAUUGAUCUGAACUUGAAACUCUGA